UAAACCACGAAGGCCAUUUUGACAACGGCACAGGCUAUUCCUGCAAGUAUUGCGUUUUCGUUAACGUUUCAGGCAUCCAUUGCGACUGCUUCUUGUUUGAUGUUUUGGCAAAAAGAAGAAGAAGAAGGAGAAAAACACAGCCACCUGAGCUUAAUUUCACUUCUCUACGUGUGUUACAUGUGAAAGAAAAUAAGAAUAAUCUCAUCGCUUCCUUCCUGAAUCCUGCGUUCAUUGUCUCCACGAGGCUUCACCAUGGAAACCUGGCGCGAGCGACCAUGAUGGCAAACCGGGCAGGAAAAGCACACAGCGGCGCAUAUGUAAACAACCAUGGUUAGAGGGACAUAUCUCUGUUAAACUGUUUAAUUUUUAUUUGUAUUUUUUUUCUUUAAUUUUUUUGCCUAUGUGGCAUUCUGUGGCCUGCUUUUUGACAACAAAUGUAUCGAGCUUUUUUUUUUUUUUUUAAAUAGGAGUGUUUUUGUAUUAGGCUACCAUUUCAAGUGCCAAAGUGUUACACCUUAAAGGUCCAGUUUGAUAACCAGAAUUUGUGUGAAAUGAGUUAAAGGUACAUGCAAAAUCCAGUUUCAGUGCAGGGAGUGACAAUCAGGAGACCACACUGAAUCCAGUCAUCAGAUGCCACUCUCAGGUCGAAAGCUUGUUUGACAUGGGAGUUAAGAGGGUGCCAGACAAGCCAGCUCAAUGUACUUGUAAUGUACUUUUUACGAACUGCUUGUUUCAAGAGUAACAAGGACAAUAAGGAUCUAUUUUUCAUUCCUCAAAUAACCUAUUGGCUUUUCGAAAUGCCUCGGAACCGGGCCUUUUCCGAGCCAGAGUACUCUGCGGAGUAUUCGGCAGAAUGCUCAGUCACGUUGCCCUCUGAUCCAGGCCAAGCAGUGGGAAGAACCCAUGAGGUCACGGUGCGUAACUCAGGCUGCUGUUUGUGUCUCCCUCGCUUCAUGCGUCUCACGUUCACCCCAGACUCACUAGAGAACCUUUACCAGACCUAUUUUCGCAGGCAGCGGCAUGAAACCCUACUGGUGUUGGUGGUGUUUGCAGCCCUCUUUGACUGCUAUGUGAUUGUGAUGUGUGCUGUGGUGUAUACCAGUGAUAAGCUGGCGUCCGUGGCUGUGGCGUGUGUAGCAUUGGCUGUGGACAUCGUGCUCUACCUACUGUGCCGCUACGGCCUUCUGCCUGAGCGCAUCUCCCGCCGGCUGGUGCCCUAUGCCCUAUGGGUGCUCAUAGAUGCCCAGAUCUUCUGUUAUCUAGGAUUGAACUUUGCCCGCUUCCACCAGGCCAGUGACACAGUAGGCUGGCAGGCAUUCUUCAGCUUCUCCUUCUUCUUGACACUGCCAUUACGACUGACACCUAUUGUGCUCAUCACAGCUGUGUCAUGUGGUGUGCACACGUUGGCGCUGGGCGUCACCAUCGCACAGCAGCAGCAAGAGGACAUCCAAGGAGCUGCUCUCGGGAGACAGCUGUUGGCCAACAUCCUGAUCUACAUAUGUGCAAUUACUGUGGGGCUUAUGUCAUAUUACAUGGCUGAUCGCAAACACCGCAAGGCCUUUUUGGAGGCCAGGCAGUCUCUGGAGGUGAAGCUGAAUUUAGAGGAACAGAGUCAGCAGCAGGAACGUCUACUGCUGUCCAUUCUUCCCAAGCACAUAGCAGACGAGAUGCUACAAGACAUGAAAAAAGAGGCCAGUCAGAAAGAGAUGCAGCAGUUCAACACUAUGUACAUGUAUCGGCAUGAAAAUGUUAGUAUUCUAUUUGCAGACAUUGUGGGAUUCACCCAGCUCUCUUCUUCCUGUAGUGCACAGGAGCUAGUCAAGCUGCUCAAUGAGCUGUUUGCCCGCUUUGACAAACUGGCUGCUAAAUAUCACCAACUGAGGAUUAAGAUCCUUGGGGACUGCUACUACUGUAUCUGUGGCCUUCCAGAUUACCGAGAAGACCAUGCAGCCUGCUCCAUAAUGAUGGGAUUGGCCAUGGUGGAAGCUAUUUCCUAUGUUCGAGAGAAGACGCAGACAGCUGUCGACAUGCGUGUUGGGGUGCAUUCUGGAACAGUUCUUGGUGGGGUGCUGGGACAGAAGCGCUGGCAGUAUGAUGUCUGGUCCACAGAUGUCACAGUGGCCAACAAAAUGGAGGCUGGAGGUAUACCUGGGCGAGUGCACAUCUCCCAGAGCACACUGGAGUGUCUUCAUGGUGAAUUUGAUGUCGAGCCAGGGAAUGGAGGCGACCGCUGUGAAUACCUGAGGGAGAGAGGCAUUGAGACUUACCUGGUUCUUGUUCCCAAAGGACCAGUGAGCAAGAAUGGCAUCAAUGGAGUGAAGCUGUCGGUCACUUCAUCUAAUGGGAACUCUCCUCUGCUGAUCAACACUACAGAAUGUAAUGGCAGUGUACACACAGCCUGCACCACACCUGAAGAACCAGAGGAGCUGGAUACACGGGUGGUGAAUCCCUCGUUCCCAAACCCUCGGCGGCGUCUUCGUUUGCGAGACCUUGCUGAGAGAGUCAUUGAUGCUCAGGAAAAUGAGCAGGAGCUGAAUAAACUCCUGAACGAGGCACUGCUGGAGAGAGAGACAGUGCAGGCAUUAAAGGGAAAGUACACUAACCGCCUGUCGCUGCGCUUUGUGAACCCUGAGCUGGAGACACGUUUCUCGGUCGAAAAGGAGAAGCAGAGUGGAGCUGCCUUCAGCUGUUCCUGUGUAGUGCUGCUUUUUACAGCAGCAAUUGAGGCACUUAUAGACCCUCUGUUGAUAGCCAACUAUGUGACUCUAGCUGUGGGGGAAGUACUACUGCUCAUUCUCACCAUCUGCUCCCUGGCAGCCAUUUUCCCACGGGUAUUUCCUAAGAGACUGGUAUCAUUCUCUACAUGGAUUGAUCACACACGUUGGGCUCGCAACACUUGGGCCAUGGCAGCCAUAUUCAUCCUCACACUGGCCGACAUAAUAGACAUGCUAAGCUGCCAGCCUCCACAGCCUGUUGGGGACGUUUCUCCAGCCCCUGGUGAACUAGGCGGUUGUCUGGAGAACCCCAAAUAUUACAGCUACAUUGCUGUAUUAGCGCUGAUUGCUACUACCAUGCUGGUGCAGGUCAGCCACAUGGUGAAGUUUACUCUGAUGCUGCUGAUCACAGUAGCUUCGGGAAUCAUCAACAUUUACAGUUGGAGGGACAUCUUUGACCAGUAUGAUCUAACCCACUAUAAGAAGUUCAGGUGUAAUAUCAUGUUGUUGUAUUUCCCACCCCUAUUAUUAUUAUUUACUGACUGGAUUCAGAAUCUGGUGCUUUUUAUGUUCCUGAGCAGAAUAUACCUCGUGCCAUCCAAAUAUACAAUGACUGUGAUGAUCUUCAUCAUGAUGGUCAGCUUCUACUACUUUGCACGGCAUGUGGAGAAACUGGCCCGCACGCUGUUCCUGUGGAAAAUUGAGGUACAUGAGCAGAAGGAGAAGGUGUACGAGAUGAGACGCUGGAACGAGGCUCUGGUCACGAACAUGCUCCCAGACCAUGUUGCCCGCCACUUUCUGGGCUCCAAAAAGAGGGAUGAGGAACUGUACAGCCAGUCCUAUGAUGAGAUUGGGGUCAUGUUCGCAUCUAUCCCAAAUUUCUCCGACUUCUACACAGAGGAGAGCAUCAACAAUGGGGGUAUUGAGUGUCUGAGGUUCCUCAAUGAAAUUAUCUCAGACUUUGAUAGUCUUUUGGAUGAGCCUCAGUUUCGCUGUAUAACCAAGAUUAAGACUAUCGGCAGCACUUACAUGGCAGCAUCAGGAGUCACUCCUGACACCAACGCUAACGGCUAUGCUGGCAUGAAGCAAAAGGAGGAAUUGUCUGAUAGAGAGCGCUGGCAGCACUUGGCAGAUCUGGCGGAUUUUGCUUUGGCCAUGAAAGUUACUCUGAUGAACAUUAAUUACCAGUCCUUUAACAACUUCAUGCUUCGUAUUGGGUUGAAUAAGGGUGCUGUUCUUGCCGGGGUCAUUGGGGCUCGGAAGCCUCAUUUUGACAUCUGGGGCAACACUGUUAACGUGGCUAGUCGCAUGGAGUCUACAGGAGUGAUGGGAAACAUUCAGGUGGUGGAAGACUGCUAUAACAUCCUGAAGGACUAUGGCUUCCGUUUUGUGAGAAGAGGACCCAUCUUUGUUAAAGGGAAGGGGGAGCUGCUCACUUAUUUUCUAAAAGGACGAGAAAAACAGGGCUCUUUCAUCAAUGGCUCCUCUGUCACACUGCCUCAUCAGGUGGUGGACAGCUCUUGACCUACAUGCACAUAAAACCAACAAACACAAAACUUCAAGUUAACAAUCGCCCACCCGACAUAUGUAACAUACAUAUAACAAGUCAGACCUUUUGAAGGGGAAUUUCACAGAUUUUCAAAAAUCUAUCAUAAUUCAUUUGGUGAAAAUGAAGUCAUGCAGAGAGAAGAGAAGAGGAGAGACAAGAAGAGAAGAAAAGAAAAGAGAAGAGAAAAAAAAUCCUAACAUUUUUGAUAGGAACCUGGGGUAAUUAUAUGAACUUCAUACACAAUGAGUCCUAUUAUAAGUAGCAUUAUGAAAUACAAAUUGGACAAAAAAGACAUUCAGUUUCUUUAAGCACAAAAGGACAUUUAUUGUACCUGCACAUCAAAUUACAUCUGCUCUGGGCUGUUCACUUUCUUUAUCGGUGUUCUUUAGUCUUCCUCAUCCUUCUGGCACUCUCUCUGUUAGUCUGCUGCAAUUCUUCAUCUGCAUUCGUAGGUUAAAACUGAUGCAGCUUUUGGAUAUAUUAAAAUAUAUGGUAUCCCCCUAUGCUGCCAUCCAAGAGUGGAAUAAUUUGUUGACUGGCUAUAGCUACCGGCUAUAUUAACAACAGAAAUGCCUAUAGUGGUUUGGGAGUUUGGCUCGCAUGUACUGUGCAAGAGUGGGAAUGAGAACAAGACACAGAAGUAAACAAAGAAGACAAAGAAGUAAAAGGAUACUAAAAGAUGUCCCAAAUGCAUAGGGGACUGUUUCCCAGCACUACGUCUGUUGCACCUUCAUCACUGGAUGUUGGUCCAUAACACUUCCAGUCUUUUGAAUUUGUUAAUAAGUUUGGUAACAGCUUCCAAUCCAGCCAUGAGAAUGAUUUCAAUACGUUCUUUUUUUUGUCAAAGGCAUUCUUAAAGGCUAUCUGGAAAAAUAGUGUGUUUGCCCUAUGUAUGGAGACUAGUGGGACACCCUGUAAUUUAUAAAAUAAAUAAAUAAUUAAUUAAUUAAGGCCAAAGCCUUAUCACAAAGCUUCUAGUGCAUCAGCCAUAUAUUUGAAUCAUUUUCUGUAAACUUUCUGUGAAGUAGAAACUCCUAGAGGCUUUACGCACUUCAAACUGCUGGUUCCUGUCACUGCCAUUGUAAAUACUUCUGAAUAACUGAUGCAUAUUUCAUCAAACAAUCCAAAUAACUUUCAUUACUCCUUAAAGAUUGAAUUAGGUAGAAAUUUGAAGUAUCUGUGGAAUUCCCCUUAAAAAAAAUUAUUGUGUUGCAUAUUAAAAGGGAGGCAGAUCACAGAAAUGGUGUGUAAAAUGAGAUUCUCUCUGGUCACUCAGGAGAAAUACAGGGUCAUACUGUACUUGGAUUAUUUAAAUAAUGACUAGCUGUAAGGAAAGGAUGGAAGGAAACAUGAAUGAUUUUCCAAAAAUAAUUUAUCUGCUGAAUCAGUAACACAACUGUUUGAGUACAACACAGAGUACAAACAGUAGAUUUAGUGACCCAGUGGAUAAAAUCAAGAUUGUACAUGACACAUA